UCUGCUUUCAGUCAUGUUGUUGUUCACAUGUCUUUCUUUACUACUAGUUGUGGGAGGAAGCACCGAUACCGAGACAAAAUUAUCCUGGGAAGGUAAACUCGAUAAGUAUAUAAAAAGUGUUUGUCCCGAGACGCGCCUAAUGGCACCGGAACAACGCACCAAUGUUACAGUGACAUUUACUUUAAAAUCUUUCUCCUUCGACGCUGGUGAAGAGAUCUUUAGUAUUUACAGCUGGAUUUUGUUGAAAUGGAAGGAUCGUCGGAUCAAGUGGAACCCCAAAGACUAUGGUGACAUCGAUAAAUUGCCAGUUUCUUCAUCGAAUAUCUGGAAUCCCAUGGAUAAUUUCCAAAACUCAAAAAGUACCUACGAGUUCGAUUAUUUAUGGACUAAAACUUGCAGGGUAUAUUUUAGUGGUGGCAUUAUAUGUAUGCCAAGAACAAUGUAUGAAAUUAUAUGUAUUUCAAAGCUAAGCGAUUGGCCAUACGACACCCAGACCUGUCGUUUUGAAUUUAAGUACAGGGGUAACACACAAUUGCCAAGAGCAGUUUUUACGUUUGGAGAAGGGCGUGGAAUGAAAAUGCUCGGGGCUGAGUAUGGAGGCACUUGGAAUAUUGUGGAUUACAAACAGGGAGAUGAAAACGAGGUGCUAUUCUUUGAGUUAACCGUUGAGAGACAAGCGAUGGGGCUGGGAGCCAUGUUAACAGCACCGGCAAUCACACUGAUGCUGCUAACCAUAUCAUCGAUGUUACUUGACAUUCGUGGCCCGACGCGACUACUAUUAUGCUGUUUCAGUUUGCUAUCUCACUUUAUUUUCUUGCAAUUAAUAAAUUACAGUAUGCCUAAGCUUAAUCGGGAGACGCCAUCAAUUUUGAUAUAUAUUCGAACAUCGCUAGUUAUAACGGGGUUUACGCUGAUGUUGUCUUUCUUAUUGAAUCAUAUGUCUAAGAGUAGUAAACCCCCACCUACUUGGAUUUCUGGUAUAAAUACAUGGGUACAAAGUACUCCAUUAACCUACGUCAUUCAGUCGUCUUUACCAGCAGAGACAGUAAGCGAGAACCUAACAAAGAUUCACUAUAAUGAAUGGAUGGAUUUCAUAAACCUUGUUAAUAAUUUAGUUACGAUUAUCCUACCUAUAUUAUAUUUAACCUUUUACAUAAUGUAUGUUCCAAGACCGCCGUCACUUGUUUAAUUUACUAUAUCAAAUGCUCGUGUCACUAUGUUUUUAAGUAAACUCCUCCGAAAUGGCACGACCGAUUUUCGUGAAAUUGUGUGUAUCGGUUAUCGGAUAUGUAUUUUUCAUCCAACUGAAUGGUAAUGACGGUCCACCCAUAAAUUUUAUUAUUUAUUUUGUUAUCAUAAUAUUUACCCUCUACUAUUCUACGAUCUAUUCUAAUUUUUUAUUUGUUAACUAAAAAUUGAAACAUUGACAGAAAAACCUAAAAGAAACAAAGUUCGCAGGGGCAGCUAGUUUUACAUAAAAUAUAAAUAUCGUUGACCCGAAUUUAAUGUAGUUUAUAAAAUUUGUUUUUAAAAUUUGUGUAUUAUGUAAUAAAAAUAUUUUUAAUCAUGUAAUACGUCGCAUGUCUCUUUCAAUUCCAAUUUUAAAAACCUUUUGUGCACAUUCGACAAAAUGAAUUGGAAAAGUCCAAAAUUCCAAGUACCUUCUCACAUUUUCACCGUGUCAUUGUGGCAUUUUGCAAGCCUGCAUUUUGUACUUUAAUCUCAUCAUACGAGCAUGCAUGCAUGCAGUCGUAUUCCAGCUUAUUGACCUCUUUGAAAUAUGUGUAUGUGCAUAAUUACUUUAUACGUUACCUGCAUGAUGGCAUUUGCAUUAACGUAUUACGGCAGGAAUAUAUGUUAUUUUACUUAUAUUGUAUAAUGGUUUUAGCUUUUACAAGUUUUUAUAUG